CUAUCACCACAUAGUUAUAAAUGUUCAAUUUUAAGGGCCGGCCAUCAAUCAUCCCCGCUUCGAUCUCAAUCACACUCGCAGCGAGACUGAUUGUAAAUUAUCGCCGAAGGCAGUGUGUGUUCCUCUGAUCCUUGCAUUCUCCGAUGACGUAGUUGACUCCAAUGCCUUUCUCCAUGCUAACCCAUAUUUCGUUGCAACAACAGAUUUACAAUAUAAAAUCCAGUCAGCACACGUGGUAGAAUCUCCCAAAAUGUCAUGGAUGGACUCUUGGUCUCGUCCUUCCAAAAAUCAAGCAACUCCACCACCCUACUACCUCCUACCAGGUGGCGACAAAGUCCAAUACUGCAAGUCGUGUGGACGGUUGAUCGGUAAUUUUUCAAAAAGAACAUCUUCAACAUCUAGCGCUUGACCCUGAUAUGCAUAUAGGCGAUCGUAAACAGAAAUCAUCCUCGACUCCCGCCAAAUAUUGCUCUGCCCGAUGUCGUUCUGCCAGGCACAACAACCUCCUUGAACUAGAGAUAGAAAAAACAUUCGUCUCGCUACUCAAUGGUGAAACUCUAUCUCCAAAACUUGAAGAAAACCAUGCGUCAUCAAAGCUUUCUAUGCCCCCUUACAAAGGCGGCCCCGCACCUAAAUCCGCGAAGAAGAGGAAGAAAGGCGAGUCGAGAAUUCUGGUCCUUUGUAGCGAAGUAGAAACCCUCAUUUUUGGAGAUAGGAAUGAUCCCGAUAAGUGCUUUGGGAGGAGAAGAAAUCGAAAGAGGAGAGGGGUUGAGGAUGGAGAAUGGAGAAGUGUUGACAUGGUAAGCGAUGAAGAGAAAGAUAAAACAGGGGAUAUCAGUAACGAUGUCAAAAAUGGCUCAAUUGGGAAGGCAAAGACCGAAAGUCAACCAAAUGAGGAUGUUUCAUCAAGCGAUAGCGAAGAUGAUGGCGGGGCAUUGAUUGAUAUGCCCCGCAGCUCAACGGAAACCACACUGGAUCCCGACGUCAUGGCAAGACUUUCGAUUCGUUCAGGAACACGAAUAAGGCGUUCUCAAGAAACAGCUUUAGUCAAUGGAAGUAUUGGAGGUGAAAAAGGGUUGAAGGAAAGAAUAUCAGAGACCGAUGAUAUGCUUCUCAAGAGAAGAGAAGGGCAGCGGAAGGCAGACGAAAGAGAACUAGUUAGAUGUGCUGCAAGAAGGGGCGUUGCAUUUGGCUUCUUGACUGGCGCCGGAGAGGAGCGCAAGAUGUGCGAAGCUAUCAUGCAAGGGAAUGUUGUCGAGAGUAGUUUUGCCAAAGGAGAGUGGGGAGUCAGAUGGAGGGAAUGA